UCAUACUGUUCUCAAAUUAUUUUAUCUAACUUUCGAGAGAUGUCGCUACAAUAUCGUGUCCUGCAGGGAAGUUCCCAUGACGAUGUGACCUCAAAAUGUCUAGUUACUAGAUGUCGCUUCUCGUUUUUCACUAGCACGACGCGGGUUGCUACAGCCAUCUACCUGCAACCUUAACAUGUUGCGAGUUACCAAUCCAGUAUUGAACUCUGCAUCGCAAGUCACGUUUAUAAACGUACUUUCCUGGUUUGUUGUUCGCUUGCUCGGUGUUUUGUAUAUGUUUAUAUCGGUUUUUUGUGUAAAAACUAUAUCAUUAUCACAAUGAGUGCCGAGGAGGAAGUGUUGCGGAUUCAAAAAAAGUUAAACAAGAUGUCGAGCGGUGACGGGACGGGGCAGGAACAAGCAUUGGAAUUACUUAAAAUAUUGCAAAAGCUGCCUGUUGAUUUGGAACUUCUCACUAAGACACGAAUUGGAAUGACCGUUAAUGCAUUAAGAAAAUCGAGCAGAGAUGAAGAAGUUAUAUCGUUAGCAAAGACACUUAUAAAAAAUUGGAAAAAGUUUUUAUCCGGAUCCAACAAGGAAAAAGAUUCUACUUCAUCGAGUAGUUCAAAGAAGAAAGAUGACAAAUCAGAAAAGAAUAAAGAUGACGGAGAUCAAAAGAAAGAUAAGGACUCCAUAGAUGGAAAUGAUGUUAAAAUGAAGGAGGAGAAACCUCACAAGGAUAUUCAGAGAAAACAAUCAACGUUCCCAGCUCCUACCACAACAGAUGCGGUGAGGCUUAAAUGCAGGGAACUUCUGGCAGCAGCUUUAAGAGUGGAUGGAAAUACGAUCGAAGGAUGUGCUUCGCCAGAAGAAUUGGCAGAAGAACUAGAAGAAGCAAUUUAUGCAGAGUUUAAAAAUACUGAUAACAGAUACAAAAACAGGGUGCGUAGCAGAGUUGCUAAUUUACGUGACGCAAAGAAUCCUAAUUUGCGGACGAAUUUCAUUGCUGGUGCAAUAACGCCUGCUAGGCUUGCUGUUAUGACUGCUGAAGAAAUGGCGAGCGAUGAAAUAAAACAGUUAAGGGAACAGUUUAAAAAGGAGGCAAUCAACGAUGCUCAACUUGCUACAGUGCAAGGAACAAAAACUGAUUUGUUGAAAUGUGGAAAAUGCAAAAAGCGCAAUUGCACUUACAACCAAGUACAAACGCGUUCGGCUGAUGAACCUAUGACCACUUUCGUGCUAUGUAAUGAAUGCGGGAACCGAUGGAAGUUCUGUUAAACGUUCUAACUUCGUAUGGUUAUUUUUGAUCGAUAUGGAAAGCAAGAUGUGUUUCGUUCAAGACCUACGUAUUAAUCGACACGUAUUAAAAUUAAUGAGACGUCAUUGGAUGUAUAUUGCAUAAAAAUUUCUCAUUCACAGAGUGUAUAUUAAUCGUUUAAUGAUGCUUUUAAUCUCUUCACAAGUUUCUAAGUACUUGGUUUUCAUGCUACUGUAUAUAUUGACAUUGUAAUGUACUUUAGGACUCAGCUUCGUAGAAUUCGAAUCAAACCGAAGAGAAACUGGAUAAAUUAGACGGACUGAAAAUACUUCGAAUUCUUUUAAAUAAUGCGUCAAUGUUGGGAGUUGUAACACGCGAGUCAUAUUAAAAGUAAGAUAUUUCAUUUUACAUUGUACGAGUUUACACACAUGUCUUAUCUCUGAAAAUUUCGAAAUUGUGGGUACAGUACUGAAAUACAUGGUAUGUAAUUACA